UUAAAAGGGGUAACAGCACCUGCAUGAUGGAAGAGAAAGCGAAGCACAUAGACAUCACACACUCGACAAGCCUUCUCAUUGUAGGGGCGCAUUAGAUUAACAGGUGUGUGUUUAUUGCAGUGAGAGAUGAUCUAUAUCAUCUAUUAAAAACAAAUUUUAAUAAAACUCUGCACCGGACAGUUAUUUUUAAUCAUAAAUGCUAGAUCUGCUAUCGUGUAGUGUUUCAGACGAAGCCAAGAUGCAGAAACGAUGCAUGAGGAAAUUAUUAACAGUAGUAGCAAUGGUGAUUUUAGCUCCCGCUCUGGAUGCUGCACCUGUAACUUCAGAAGUACCAGACCUUCAAAAGACAUCAUUAACAGGUGACGAGAAACCAACAGAUCCUUGGACGAGUGGCCCAGACAUCCGCGAUAUGACUACGUAUUUUGACGCACAGGAAAUGACAGUCCCUGUAAGACCUUCAGGUCGUUUAGACAAAGCCAUAAACAGUCCACAUUUCCUGGAUAAAAUAUUGGCAGCAACUAACGCUCAAGGCCGAAGAAUGAACCUGGCUUCAGUUCUAAUUGAUUCUGAUGGACUAGAAAAUAUAGUAGCAGCAACCAACAGUUUGGACAAUCAGCUUAACCUUGGCUCUUUAAUGGAUGAGCCUGAAAUAGAGGAUCGUGUACCAAUGGUAGACAGCAGUGUUCGCAAACCACUGACGCUAAUAUCAGCGUUUGUAAGUUCAAAUAAACAAAGCAAGACCAAAAGAGCAAAGAUGAAUUCAGCCAGCAGCACAGCAGACAGACGAGAGAAGAUGCUGCAUAUGCUGAGUGCUCUUGAGGAGCUUCAUAGGUCACUCAACAAUACACUAAACAGCCAUCUCACUUUCCUAACAAGAGGUAAUAGCAACAGUCGCAGUCCAGGAAAAAAGAAUAAAAUGAUUUCAGAGGGAAACACGAAAUCCACUACGGUGUCAUCUGUGGUCAGCAGAGGUGCUUCAGCUAAGGCUAGUACUGACCAAGUGGAUCCCAAACUCCUGAACGGAAAGGCAUUCAAGAAGACUUUUCCCUCGACUCCUAAGAAAACUAACAAGAGAGUUUGUUUCUGGAAAUACUGCUCUCAGAAUUAAGAAUUUGUCACACUUCUGUCUCAUGUGCUUGCAUGAACCUAUGCUCAUCUAAGGCCACUUCUAAUUGAGACUUCAACAACAUACUUAACACGACUUACCCCAGUGACCCCGUAUGACGUGUGUAGGCUCAUUGCACGAAAUCCUGUUAACUCCCACUCUACAAGUGAAUGCUGUGUGACAUCAAUAAAAAUUUUCAAGCAUGCAGAA